GCAUACGACAGGGAUGUAUCAAUGUUGUCCACAGCAUCACAAUUUUGGAUGGUCGUUUCUGUUAGAACAUUUCAGCGAGAAGUGAUCUCAAUACGUUUCGUACAAACGACAAACAUUUAGUGUAGUUUUCUCAAUAAAUUUCAUGUAACCAUAUUUAGAAUUUGCCAUGUGCCUUCGUACUACGUCCCUGCUUGUAGUCGUCUGCUGUGACGCGGAACAAAAUGGCGUCGAGUAAUGAAGUGCCGGUAGAAAUCAACCAGAGUGGCAUGUGCACAGCAGAGAAUUCAGUAUCAAAAAUGGAAUCUAUGGAAGUUACAGAAAAUAGCACUGCAUCAAACAAAGAUGCUACACCAUCAUCUUGUAGGGAAUCUAUUUCUGUGGAUGAUAUGACAUCUCGAGAUUAUUAUUUCGACUCAUAUGCACAUUAUGGAAUUCAUGAAGAAAUGCUAAAGGAUGAAGUGCGUACAGUGACUUACCGUAAUUCUAUGUAUCAUAAUAAACACCUUUUCAAAGGAAAAACCGUUCUUGAUAUUGGUUGUGGAACUGGUAUACUUUCAAUGUUUGCUGCUAAAGCUGGAGCAGCCAGAGUUAUUGGUAUUGAGUGUUCUAAUAUUGUUGAAUAUGCAGAAAAGAUCGUAGAGGCAAAUCAGCUGUCAAAUGUCAUAACAAUACUUAAAGGAAAAGUUGAAGAAGUUUCACUACCUGAUGGCAUUGAAAAAGUUGACAUAAUUAUUUCUGAAUGGAUGGGUUAUUGUUUAUUUUAUGAAUCAAUGUUAGACACAGUGCUUUUUGCUAGAGAUAAAUGGCUUUGUGAAGAUGGAAUGUUAUUUCCUGACAAAGCAACUCUAUUUAUUUGUGGCAUUGAAGAUAGACAAUACAAAGAUGAAAAAAUAAACUGGUGGGAUGAUGUAUAUGGAUUUGACAUGAGUAGUAUAAGAAAAGUAGCAAUUAGUGAACCUCUAGUGGAUGUUGUGGACCCAAAACAAGUUGUUACAAAUGCAUGCCUCAUUAAAGAAGUUGAUUUAUACACAGUAACUAAGGCUGAUCUGGAAUUUUCAUCGCCAUUUACUUUACAAGUUCGCAGAAACGACUAUGUUCAAGCAUUAGUUACAUUCUUUAACAUCGAAUUCACCAAGUGCCACAAACGUAUUGGCUUUAGUACAGCACCGGAAGUACAGUAUACUCAUUGGAAACAAACUGUAUUCUACUUUGAUGAAUAUAUGACAGUUAAAAAAGGAGAAGAAAUAUAUGGUGUAUUUUCAAUGAAGCCCAAUGCAAGGAACUACAGAGAUUUGGAUUUCAGCAUUGAAUUGGACUUCAAAGGAGAAUUGUGCCAAGUACAUGAAACUAAUACUUAUCGUAUGCGCUGAUACCUAUCAGAUUAUUCAUCUUCUUCUUUUUAUUUUCAUGGUUCAUAACACUAUAAUCAAAUAGACACCAAGACUUUAGUUAUCAUUGAAUUAUAUUAGAUGAUUUAAUGAAAUUUAAUAGUACGGUACAAUGAAUGGUGUGAAUUAUUUAAAUGUUUUUAAUUUUUAAUUGUAAGAAAGUUAGAGGCUUCCUGCUUAAGAUUUAACAAAAUGUCUAGAUUCUUUGUUAAUCUAGUAAGAGUUUGCAAUAUGAUGACUUACAACUAAGAACAUAAGGUUGAUAUAUUACUUAAUCACAAAUAGUGUACAUUUACAAGACAUUACUUCAUGUAAGUGUGUAUUAGAAAUAUGAAUACUAUAAUUCAUAAUUUAAUUUUUCUCUGUGACCAUUUUAUAUUCCAUAUUGUAAAUUUUCUGUCUGUUUUAUGUAUAACUCAAUUUUGGCUAUUAAAUCAUUAUUGAUUUAAUAUUGUAUAAGUUAAUGAAUUUGUUUAAAACAACAUACAUUUUAUUUACCACAUAUUUGUACCGUAUUCUUAAAACAUAACUUCUUUCUAAAUUCAUGACCUGUAGAAUAUACGUGUAACUAUAUUCCAAAUAAUAAAAUAAUUUGGAAAUGCUCGCUUAUAUUAUGUAUGACAAGUGGAAGAUUUACAAUAUUAUAUUUUGUUAAUUUGAUAGUAAAUGGAAGCUUAUUGUUAGUACUAUUCAUUUUAUCAACACCUAUCUACAAUUAUGCUUAAUAUUAGUAAUAUCCAUGUUGCAUUCAUU